GUAAAGAAGAAGUCAGCCGGCGGCCGUAAGCAAAAGAAUCGUGUAAUUUGACCUCAAGUAAUUUCCUUUAUGGUCCUUGUAAUUGUUGUGUAUUUUGAUUAGCAUCACCACCACGUUUUGGUCACUCACGACAUUUAUUCAGAUCCUCUGAUCCUCUUAUUUGGAGGCUCGCGCAUCUUCUUCCUCCUCUCUCUCGCUUCUCCUCUGCUCCCUCUUCUACUCUCUCAGGCUCUCAGGCCUUCAGCUCCAGAAGUCCGGGGCUUUACCAUAAACCCAAUAUCACUGUUAGUUCACUAGCACGAUGUUACUCCAUUUCUGUCCGGCGAAACCCCUCUUUUCUCCACCUAAUCUCCGCCGCAAUUCGCCCGCAUUCCUCAUUUCUCCGCCGAGAUCCCUUCGAAUUCGAGCCAUCGACGCUGCCCAGAUCUUCGAUUACGAAACUCAACUUAAAUCCGAGUACCGUAAAUCCUCUGCUCUCAAAAUCGCCGUCUUGGGUUUCGGCAAUUUCGGUCAAUUCCUCUCUAAAACCCUAAUUCGACAAGGUCACGACCUUAUCACUCACUCUCGCUCCGAUUACUCCGACGCUGCUUCCUCAAUCGGAGCUCGUUUCUUCAAUAACCCUCACGACCUCUGCGAGCAACAUCCUGACGUUGUACUCCUCUGUACCUCAAUCCUGUCCACAGAAUCAGUCCUCAGAACUUUCCCUUUCCAACGUCUCCGUCGUAGCACGCUCUUCGUGGAUGUGCUCUCCGUCAAAGAGUUCCCGAAAGCCCUCUUCCUCAAAUACCUUCCCAAGGAGUUCGACAUCCUCUGUACUCACCCAAUGUUUGGACCCGAGAGUGGUAAGCAUUCAUGGUCUAACUUGCCUUUUGUCUAUGAUAAGGUGAGAAUCGGAGACGAAGCUUCUAGACACGAGAGGUGUGACAAGUUUCUAAGAGUUUUUGAGAAUGAAGGUUGUAAGAUGGUAGAGAUGAGCUGUGAGAAGCAUGACUAUUACGCAGCUGGAUCACAAUUCGUGACGCAUACUAUGGGAAGGGUUUUGGAGAAAUACGGAGUUGAAUCUUCGCCGAUUAACACUAAAGGUUACGAGACGUUGCUGGAUUUGGUGGAGAACACAUCCAGUGACAGCUUUGAGCUUUUCUACGGUUUGUUUAUGUAUAACCCGAAUGCUCUUGAACAGUUAGAGAGAUUGGAUAUGGCGUUUGAAUCCGUCAAGAAGGAGCUGUUUGGGAGAUUGCAUCAGCAGUACAGGAAGCAAAUGUUUGGUGGGGAGGUUCAGUCCCCAAAGAAAACAGAGCAGAAAUUGCUCAACGAUGGUGCUGUGGUUCAGAUCAAAGAUAUAUCAUCAUCAUCACCAUCUUGAAAUAUCACAUUUUGUGUAGGGUUGGAUUGGAUUAUGUUUUUUAGAUUCGGAAUAAAAAAGUUAUGACGUUUUGGAAAAAUCCUGAGUGAGAAUAAAGAAUGCGGUUUUUGAUGUGUUCAUAUCGUUUGUAUGUAUGUUGGCUUUAAUUUUCAAACUAAUGCAUUAAUGAACUUAUCUA